UGGGGUGGCGUUUUGGACUUGAAACUUCCGGGGUUCCCAGUUGAUCAUGAACGCAGCACAGUUCCCCUGGGGAGAAAUGGCGAAAAGUGCUAGCCAACGCCCCAGUGACCGCUCCUCGAGUCUUCUCUCUCUUGCUUCACUCCGCCCUCUCAGCUUUCAAGCAGCGAGCACGGCUUCUUCGUAGCUACUGUGCUUCCCCUGACCGACUUCACCCACACUUGUUGUUUAUAUAUAUAUAUAUAUAUUUUGGUUUUUUUUUUAAGUUAGCUAGCUUGCGUCCGAGAGCAGCGGUGCGCUUUGGGUCGUCUGCGAAAAACAACAACAACAACAACAACAAAAAACCCACAACAACAACAACUUUCAGUUGCUUCCUUUCAUUUGCUUUCUCUUCUGACUGCUUUCAUUUAAAUUUCGACAUAAGAAUGGCCGAUACGUCAGCGUCCAGCUCUGGUGCCAGCUGCAUGGAGAAGCUGAAAAGUUACGUGAGGACCCAAAAAGGCAUGAUCCUCGCGGCAGAAAUAUUCAUCAGCUUAAUCAUAAUCAUCUGCUACGCGGCGUCCCUGUAUGGAGGCUACUCGACCGUGGCCAUCUGCGAGAUGGUCUUCGCCAUGGUCUUCUUCGGCAUCUUCAUGAUGGACCUGGACAAGCAGUUCCAAUUGGUCAACUGGAUGUGGAGCGAUCUGUUCAGGGCUGGCAUUGGCGCAAUCCUUUACAUCAUCACUUCCCUCGUGUGCGUGAUUGGAGGAGCUGGGGACGGCGCUCGCAUCGCAGGCGGGGUAUUUGGGUUGAUUGCUGCUCUGCUGUUCGCCUACGACACCUACACCAUCUUCUUGCAAAUCAAGAGCACCAGAGAGCACACGGCAGCCGCCACCGAUGACAAAGUCUAAGCACGCCGACGUGUGUGUGUGUGCCUCUGUUGAGUACGCAGCGGAACAACGAGGUCCUUUGAGCAGAAGAGGGGAGGGGACAAAGGACGGUAAAAGGAACAGAUCACAGUUCAAAGCCAUGUCAACACCAGAAAUUGUCUUUACUAGCCGCGCCGAAGAGGAGGAUGACGACGACGUAGCGGCACCGCACAUCUGUGCCUGUGCGUCAACCACGGCGGGAACGCCCCCCUCGCAAAUCUAAACGUCAACGUGGGAUCACAGCUAAAAAGGGAAAAGUGUAAGUGAUAGGCAAUGUCAAACGUCAGCCCUGUUAGUCCUCCACCAGCAUGUCUCAUGAAUUUCUACUUUUAAUGGACUACUGUAGUUAGUAGUAACUGUUUCAUUUAAACGUGUAUGGGUGCCUUAGGGAUUAUUUAACAUCAUAAUGAUCAGCCUCAUGUUUUAAUUGAUGUCCUUCACUGUGUGUUCAAGUGCCUACUUGGUUGUAGUCAUUUGAGGUUCCACAAUCCGAAACACUUGAAGUCAUCUACCUGCUUCAAUAGAGUAAUUUUUUUACCCAACUGAUCUUUUUUUAUUUUUAUUUUUUUUGGGGGGAACUGUUGACGUCCACUCACCGAAAAAAAACACAUUCUCAUGUGUCACACUGUCACUGUGUGGUGCCGCAUUUCCAUAAUCAUCCCUUUACGUUUUAACUGCUAACACAUUUGUGUACAUUUAUGUUGCUUCAUCCAGCCAAGCGCCGUAACCGCUCGUUCUUUCAUGUCUUCAUUGAAGUUCCCUGCUUCCUGCGACAGGACACAUGAAGAAAAGCAGUCAUGUGCAAAUGUCACCUAUGUACUUGUUUCACUAAUUUCAGUUAAAUCUUUUUUUUUUUUUUUUAUGUUUCCUCAACUUCAUGCUUGGUAGUUUGUUAAAACAAAAAAAUGCCAUUGUGCUUUCUAAUGUGCUUUACAAAUGAAAUUUCACAGUCUAAAGCAGCUUUAACUUUGGGAAAUAAAAGCCAUUGUUACAACAAUAAA